UAGUACUGAAAAUUAACAUGAAUCAGUUGCUACACUGGCUAAUUGACUUACUUUACCUCGUUUAUGUGUUGCAUGGAAGCGAAUUGAAUUCAAGUGUGUACUGUGAAGUGGGUCCUUGUUAUAGUUUCAACCUGGCCUGCGAUAAUACAGGAAAAGUCAAGAAAUGCUUUAAAAGAGCCACGCUGCUGAGAGAGCAUGAAUAUAGAAGUAUUAUGGAUGAUGUCCUUAAUGAGCUGCGUCAUAACGUUGCAGGGGGAGAAAUUUAUAGAAAUUUGCCAGUUGCAGCACGCAUGGGAAAAUUGUAUUGGAACAAGGAGUUGGCCUACUUUGCCCGACUGGACGUGAGCCGAUGCGCAGUUGUACCCAGACCUUGUAUGAGUUCAAAGAACUUUUAUCAGAUUGGCCAUUUAGCUGGACUAGCGAAUUUUGUAAAUAGUAACUCCACAACUUAUAUGAUAAAUGCCAUAAAAAGCAUUGCUCAAGAUUGGUCGAAGGAUAUUAGUAGAAUAACAAGACUUGAUACACUCAGAUUGAAAGUGGGGGAAAAAGAAAGUGGUGUUUUGAAUACCUGCUUUGCUGCUAUUGGAGAAUAAUACAAAAUUUGGCUGCGCCGUUUUGCAUUACAGAGACGAUAUAUUCAAUUAUGUCAUACUCAGUUGUGCCUUUAACAGAGCUAUUCAGGAGGAUGAAAGGAUCUACGAAUGGGGCGGAAAGCCAGGAGUAAAAUGCCGUAGAAAAGACAUGGAAUACACAAAUCUAUGCAACAGUGAUGAAAAGUACGUGUACCAUAAACCCAAACUACACUUGGCUCGAAUGUGGCAAGAAUAGUCAUAAAAUAGGAUGAAAGUCUUGCACAUACCUUUAAAGCUUAUGAAUAACGAAUUGAUUUGACAGACAAUAAAUUUAAGUAUCUUUCGCUUGGGCUGUCAUCAC